UGUUGGUAGCACUGCCGUUCGCCAUGGUGUUUCACCCGCAACAUCCGUUUCGCUCUUUUUGCUGUAGAAUAAAAAUCUGACAAGAUGGGUCGUAUGCACGCUCCAGGAAAGGGUAUUUCCCAAUCAGCUCUGCCCUACAGAAGAACCGUUCCCUCCUGGUUGAAACUCAACGCUGAGGAUGUCAAGGAACAAAUCAAGAAAUUGGGCAAAAAGGGUUUGACCCCUUCCAAAAUUGGUAUCAUCCUUCGUGAUUCCCAUGGUGUUGCUCAAGUUCGUUUCGUUAACGGCAACAAGAUUUUGCGUAUCAUGAAAUCCGUUGGUCUUAAACCCGACAUCCCAGAAGAUUUAUACCACAUGAUCAAGAAGGCUGUUGCCAUCCGCAAGCAUUUGGAACGUAACCGCAAGGAUAAGGAUGGCAAAUUCCGUCUUAUUUUGGUUGAAUCCCGUAUCCACAGAUUGGCCCGCUACUACAAGACCAAGAGUGUCCUCCCACCCAACUGGAAAUACGAAUCCAGCACAGCUUCCGCUUUGGUUGCCUAAGCUGCUCGAUUUGUUUAGAAAGGACAUCAAGGUGUUUUUAAGUUUUUUUUAUAUUUUACAAAUAUAAAACGUGAUUUAAUAAAAAAAAACUGAUGUAAGUUUUUAAAAAACAUAAAAAAUACAUAAAACAUAAA